GCCCGACGCCGUUGCCUCUUGCCUCUUGCGCUGCACAGCAGAUUGUGUGAACGUUUGAUAUAGUGACCGUGUUAUUGCGUAUCGUAAGAGAGUGACUUCGAGCCUGUUUUGUGCGUCGGCUUUUUACGCUGCAUUCAAGCAGUAACGUGAACAUUUGGUGAAGAUCAUUGCGUAUCGUUGAGUGAUCUUGCGUUUGCUUCUCAUCCUCGAUCAAGAGCAUCAUCUUCGAGGAUCCUGUCUCAUUCUUUGUAGCCGCCUUCGAAACUUAACCCGUAUUGUGUCAUUGGAGCUGAACAUUUCGUGCAGUGAACGUUUGGAUGAUCGCAUUUGUUGCUGCCUAUCACUAGUAGUCCCCCCUCCCCCUGCCAGUCACGUUCAGAAUAAAUAUUUCAUUAGUUCCUGUUACCGUUCUGAUUGAAUUCGUAGAGGUAAGAAUAUACGUGGAAAAUAUGUCGCAUUAUUAUAGAGUUAAAAAGUAUCGCGAGUUAAGGAAAGGGUAUAUGAGUAUGAACGAAAGUAAAGAUUACGAAAAAGAAAAAAGUACUAAUAACGAAGCAAGCAGUAGCAUAUAUACUAUUAGUAACGGAGAGAUAAUAGAUGCAGACAAUUUGUCAAAUAAAAGCGGUUGUAAUGAAAGUCAAUUAAAUAUUAUUAGUAACGAGGCAAGCACUAGUAAUUAUACUGUUAAUAACGAAGAGAAUAUAGAUCAAUUAUCUAAUGUCAGUGAUUCUGUAAGAGCAUUGCUCAAUGACUCACCUACAUCGCAAACACCUAUUAAUAAAAAAAUCAAGCAAUGGACAUUGCAAAAUUUAGAUACAUUACGGUUAAAUGUAGUUUCAGAGUUACUAUUAAUAUUGAGGGAAGAGGGACAUACAUCCUUACCUCAAACAGCUCAGACUUUAUUAGGCACAAAACAUAGUCGGGUUUUGCAAGUAAUGUUUAGUAAUCGGGAAACUGAGGGAGCAUACAUGUAUCUAGGAAUUCAGAACGGGUUGGAAAAAAUAAUUUCGCUUGAUGCGUAUAGUGAAAAUGAAAUUCCUGUAUUUAUUCAUAUAGACGGAAUGCAAAUAUAUCAAAAUUCUCAAUUUCAAGUGUGGCCAAUAAGUGUUAAAAUCUGUCACCCAAAAUACGAUUGUAAACCUUUUGUCGCAGGUAUAUUUUGUGGGGAUUCCAAACCACGAAGUAGCAAUGAUUAUCUUCAUGAUUUCGUUGAAGAAGCAAAACAUUUAAUAAAUAAUGGCAUUGAAUUACACGGGACAAGAUAUUUUUUUAAAAUUAAUGCUAUAAUUGCAGACAGUCCCGCGAGAGCAUUUAUAAAAUGUUGCAAACCACCGAAUUCUUUUUUUGCUUGCGAGAGAUGUACAACCAAGGGGAUAUCUGUAAGAAAAAAACGUUCGGUUAAAAGGGUUUAUCCUGAGAUGAAUAGUAGAAAGCGAAGUAAAGAAUCUUUUUUACAGAAAAAACAGCCAGAACAUCGUAAAGAAAAUGUAGAGUCAGCAUUGUUGCAAUUGCCAGAUUUUAAUGUGAUUAAUUCUAUCGUUAUUGAUUCCAUGCAUCUGUUGUAUUGUGGGGUAAUGAAAUUUUUAUUAGAAAAAUGGAUUGUAAAGACGAAUGUGGCAGGACUUAAAAAACAACAGGUGUGUUAUCUUAAAGACUUAAUGACUUCUAUCACUCCCGACAUACCGUGUGAAUUUCAGCGCAAAAAAUUCGACAUAAACGCGAUACCUAGAUAG